GUUCAUUCGUUGCAGAGUGCUUUGGUAAGGAUGCCGACCAGUGCUGUUUGACACUUUCUUCAUCGGCACUGGUCGACUCUCUGACUUCUCAUCUCUGACCUCUAGUUACUCAGUAGUUUAUAGACAUGGCUAGUAUUGUAGACACUCCUCGAUCUCGAUACCAGCGAGCCUCACCGGGGUCUACCCAGACCAAUGGAUGCACAACGACGGCGAUCACGAGCGACAUCGUUACAACGGCAACUCCAAAACAGCCUGCCAAGCUGCAAAACCCUUUCAGCGGCGAGUCCACGUGCGCCCGUGAAAACUUUCCGGACUUUAGCCCUUCUGUGUUUACUCACAAGGAGACACCCGCGGAGUCAAGAUCGGAGAAAAGGUUCCAAUGGUCAAUUGACGAAAUGGCAAACUUGCAACCUGCUGAUAUCGAUGAGAGGACGGCACAAGCGUUCCACUGCACGCCGCGCCGCGAUUCUGCUAAGCAAGUAGCCCUCAACAGGUUCUUUUUGCAGCAGCAGGUGGUGGCCUCGCCGUAUGUUACCAGUAGCUUGAGCUUGGGCAGAAAGACGGCUGUGAAGCAUGUGACAUUCUCUCCCCUACCGCCAGCAACGAAAUAUAUCACUCGCGAUGAGGAUUACCCGUCUGGUGAUAGCAGCUGUGAUUUGGCAAUGGAUGUCAGUGAGGAGAUGAAACGACACAGUGUGUGCACCCAAACGUCAGCAACACUGAUGGAGACGGAUGAGACACUUCCACCAAACUGUGUGCAAAUGGAGUCGAUGGCCGAACUAAAGGAUCUCUCUUACUCUUCUCUUCGUCGGAAACUCUUCGGCCCGUGCGACCGUAGCUCUCCUGACCUUGGCAGCCGUGAGAAUUCCCCGUCACUAAAGGGGGAAGACGGCUCUGGUGGCAAGUCAAAUCGAUUUCCUGACACCGAGGAACCUUCCAUUACGCCGGGACAGUUUUUGUCAAUGAGCAGCGAAGACGAGGACGAGUGUGACAUGAAGGAAAGCGACAGCAGCCGGCGACCAAGCUGGGGCCGUUGCUCAUCCAGUCCCACGGGCCACCUGCAUGAAGAGUGCAUGGGCUUGUACAGCAGCCCGAUUGGCUUGAUGGAGGAUCCCAUCUUCACGCCGCUGCCAGAGGGCUGCAUCGAGGAGGAAGACUUCGAUCAGAUCGGCAGCUUGGAUUUGUCUCCCAUUUCUGCUAGCCACUCGGAGUCGAGGAUUGAUGUAGAAAACAGCCCAAUGAAAGGAAUUACCAUGAAGCCGAUGACAUCAACGCUAUGCAAUGCACCUACCACUCAGUCUUAUCCUGUCGAAAAGGAAAACGACCAGCCUAUGGACAGCAGGUGCGUGAGUAUGUUUGAGGACGAAGGGAGAAGUCAUCCUGGCGGCCGAAACCAGAUGAUGACGCCGCUAGGCGAUCGCUCCAAUCAGCCGAGCACGCUGAGAGUCAGCCAGCUGACGACGCCGAUGACCUCCGCGUCCUUCUCCGGCGACGAUUCGAUGCAGGAUGUUCCGAUGUCGCACGGCGUCUGUCCGCAGUACACGUUUCUGUCGCGGCAUGCAACCAGCAGGCUGGACCCACUUCAGUCUGACUUGACUGGCUCCAACGCCACUACAGGCAGUCUCACUGACACCCCAUCCAGAGCAGGGUCAGUGCAUCAGAAAGAGUUCCAUAGCUGGUCUUAUCAAGGGAGCACACCAGUCAGUCGUCAUCAGCACUCUAAACAGCCAGCCGUAGCGUAUGAUGAUUGGCAGCGAAGCGUGGAUAGCUGGCAGCACUCCAUUCGCCAGCAACUCGCUGACUUUGAUCAGGGUCGCGGGAUGUCCGGACUGUAGGUAUUCUGCUCAGUCCGUCACCCCGCUGUCUCCACCUCGUGUCCAAAAUGACCGCAUCCUCUCGCUCUCUUUUCUCUUCUCUUCCUUUCUGACGGUAUUUAGUGAUUGAUGUUCAAUGCAAACGCCCAUCACAUCUAGAUAUGUAUCACAUGACAAUGUACUCCCGGAAAAUACUCUGUUUUUUUUUACCCAGGCUGUCACACAACACCGACUGCUCUCUUGUACUAUUUCCCCUUGACCAACUGCCAUGCUAGUACCCUGGAUUAUUCCGAAUAGUUCCCGUCCCUACACUGGUCUCAGAGCUCUCAGUAUUGUUUUUCUUUUUGUGAUCUAUUGUUGUUCUAGUCUUGUCUGUGCAUGAAAUUCGCCGUCCCCUCCCUUAGAUAUCAUCAUGUUGUAUCUGCUGCACGCAGUUUUGGUUUAGGCUACUUUCUUACUUUUUCCGACCCAACGUCUGUUCACAGUUUGAUUGCUGCUAUCUUUGAUCAUCCAGUCACUGAGUGACUCAGCUCUACCCAACAGAAAGAACACUGCAGCACGCUGUUCAGCCUGGUGUGCAUGCUUGUUGACCUGGUUGUUGUAUAUGGUGCCCCUGGCUAACAGGAUACUGUACUCAAACUUACAAGAAUUAUUAUUAUUGUUUAAUGUUGCUCUCAGA